AUGGCAUCCUUGUACUUAGUUUUAGUUUUAGUCUCAGCUUUAGAUCCCGGUUUUACUUAUACUUUAGAUGUGGAGCAAAAAGCUGUGAUAUGGCCAGAGGUUUACCACAUGAAAGGCGAUACGAUGAAUAUUCUGUCUGGAAUUAUUAAACCUUUUGAGAUAUGGUACAGCAAAGAGGCCAACAAGUCUCGCAUAGACUACUACGGAGGCAUUGUAAAGCAUUACUAUAUCGCUGCGACUGAUGACGACUAUGGUAAAGAAUAUGUUAUUAACCCUGUGACGACAGAAGAAGUCACCAAUGUGGAUCAGUGUCGGGAAGAGAUUGGUCAGACGGAGGUCACCAACUUUUUGCCAGAAGUUGAAGGUUACACUUUUGAAGGACAAGAAACUUACAACGACAAGCUUGUGGAUGUUUGGAAGUAUUUAGACAUUGAAGAAGAUAAGGAGAAAACAGAGAUUACGUUGAUAGUGUUCCGGAAUGAAGAAGGAUUCGACAUCCCUGUGCUGAAAGAAAUCAAAGCAAGCAACCUUUGGACUGGUACGCUCUCGAGUCACAAGGUGUCGCGGUUCUACGACUUGGGCAAACCCGAGCUCGAUGAGCUGGAUUAUUCUCUAGAGGAAUCUUGCAAUGAGACAGAAGUAAUGUCAUCUGAUUUGAUGGAACAAUUACAUGCUCUGCCAACUGAGGUCGAAGAUGCGUUUACUAGUUACAUUAUUCGCCAUGGUAAAAACUAUGAAAACGAUGAACAUGAGAUGCGAAAGCAAAUAUUUAUGAAGAAUUGGAGAAACGUCGUUGAGCACAAUAAACAAAAUCUGAGUUACAAGAUGGUCUUAAACAAGUUCUCUGACUGGACUGACAACGAGUUGGCUCGCUUGCGGGCCACCAGACCUGCAGUCGAGCUCGUAGGGACCGUGCCCUUCCCGCACACCGAAGAAGAGGUUGACCAGCUGGUCCAGGAGUUGCCGGAGAACUUUGAUAUGAGGAUCGAGGGUUACAUCACCUCCGUUAAAAAUCAGGCAACGUGCGGAUCGUGCUGGGCAUUCUCAACAACUGCGGCUGUGGAGGGAGCUCUCGCUCGCAGCAACGGAGGCAGGGAUCUUGAUCUCUCAGAACAGUCUAUGGUGGACUGUGCUUGGGGUUUCGACAACAUGGGCUGUUCCGGGGGCACAGUGGACGGUGCUUUCAGAUACAUCCUCAAACACGGCCUCCCGACACAAAUGGAAUAUGGAUUAUAUUUAGACGAGAUGGGUAGAUGCAAACUCGAGAACAUGACAAAAUUCUACAACAUCAGAGGCUUCGCCGCCGUGCCCCCCCUCAGCGUCAAUGCCAUGAAGGUGGCGCUGUACAAGUACGGGCCCGUGACUGUGGCUAUCAACGCCAACGAACGAGUCAUGAAUUAUAAUAAUGGAAUCUUCUUCGAUCCUACAUGUAACGAUGACUCUCCAAACCACGGCGUAGUGGUAGUCGGCUACGGAGUGAGGGACGGCGUGGACUACUGGAUCGUCAAGAACUCGUGGGGAGAGGACUACGGCGAGGACGGCUACAUUCUGUUCUCGGCCACAGAAAACAACUGCCACUUGUUGGAGGGCGCCUUCUAUCCUAUUGUCUAGACACCGAUGUAUAUUCCUAUAACCUUCGCACAUCAUAUCGAUUCAACACCGACUUAGCUCUAGAUCAGUUUCAGUAGCCUUAGUACAAGAUUCGCUGGCCCGCAAUCGUUAGUAUAUAGCGUAAUAUAGCGUCAAAGUAAAAUGCGUUUAAUGUCA